AUGAAAUUGUGGUCGGAGAGUGGUGCGAGCGCUGUGUCCGAUGCGGAACGAAGAUUCUUCCACGUCAUAUUUUCCAGCAUUGUUUUCUUUGACUUGGAUGAGCCAACUUUGAUUACAGCGAGCGUUCAGUGCACGUUUGCAGCGUCCAUAUUAGAUGGCUCCCGCAAAGCCCUCAAAGGCCUACACUGGGGUAGCAAUCACGUCCUUGGUGUAUGCAGAUCUACCUCAAGCAACGUGGAUGAGCUUCUCUUCCGACUGUACGAUUUGCAAAAGUGGGCUGAGUGGCGCAAGUGGGCAAUAGAAAGGUCGUCUCUCGUCGACCUUAUGCCAGGUUAUGACAUCGCACAAUACUAUAUGUGUUCUCUACCAGCCACAAAUUACCAAGUUAGAGAUGAGGACGAAAUAAGUCCCAUUAACGCGACUCCAGCAUCUACCGAGUCUUUUGCGCUCACAAAAUCUUGGCUUGAGAAAUGCCUCAAAACACAUAAAAAGUGCCCAAAGCCUAGUUUCUACGUUCCAAAGCGGUUCCUCAUGUUAUCCCGGGAUGAAAAGGGUACGCACGUCAGUUUGAAUAUAUCAGAUGAUUACUUCCACGAGGAUCAAUACGCCGCAUUGUCGUACUGCUGGGGUGGAGACCAGCCCUUGAAAUUGACUGCAUCUUCCGUCUCACAAUUACAACAAGACAUACCGGUAGAGAGCUUACCAAGAACAAUACAAGAUGCAGUCCAGGCGACGUUAAAUCUCGGAUUACAUCGUCUGUGGGUAGAUGCUCUAUGCAUCUUCCAAGAUGAUGACAAAGACAAAGCCGUCGAGAUCACCAGAAUGCCACAAAUCUACCGAAACGCCUUGGUGACUCUAGUCGCCACCAGGCCAUCAUCUGUCCACGAAGGGUUUCUCCAUGAAAGACCUGAGGGAGCGAUCAAAGGAUUCGAACUACCUUCCCCAAAGCAUGUCGGUGGUUCCGUGUUCUUGAUACCUCAUCAACCCAGCAAGAGCCUCAUGAAUAAAUAUCAUUACUUCGAACCGCUUGACGAUAGAGCGUGGAGCUUACAAGAACGACUCCUUUCCGCCCGAAUCAUCGAUUAUCGUGGGCUGGUGACUACAUGGAUCUGUGAAGAGCUUCAAACUUCCAAAAAAGAAAACUGGUGGAUAGACGGAUGGCAACCGCCACGCUAUCUGACCCGAUUCCAAGGCAUGAGUACCACUAAAUCCGUCAUCACAUUCAACGAUACGGCCAAAAGGACACCACGAACGGCAGCCAUCAACAACAAGCUUGUUAGGUUCCCAAGGCUUCUCUAUUACUCUCGUCUCUACUCAAGGAACUCCAUCACGAAACGAUAUCCCUCAAAUUGGGGCCGCUUAAUAGAAGAGUAUUCCGCGCGGCUUCAUUCAUUCCCCGACAAAGACCGUCUUCCUGCCUUGUCUGCACUUUCUCGUGUGUACCAGGACCAAUUGAAACUCGACUUCGUUGCAGGAUUUUGGCCUGAUCAGUUUCCAACAUUUCUGUUGUGGAGGCUGAUAAACAAAGUCUGGCCCAAACCUUCCUCAUACUGGGCCCCAUCAUGGUCGUGGCUUUCGGUAAGGGGUCAAGUCGAAUAUGAUUUCGAUAUAAUGUUCGCGGCGCUGCUUGACUGUAAAAUUUACGCUUCAGUCAUUCGGUGGGAAACCGUGCCUUUGCGUAAGGAUGCGCCACUCGGUACCCUGAAAUCUGCAACUUUAACAUUGAGAGGCCUCCUGAAGCGUGCUUAUUGGGCUCUGCCAGCAGUAAAUGAGUUAGAUGGAGCACAACGGCGUGCCAACGAUUUACUCGAUCGCGUAACAGCCCAGCGCCCGGGGCAUGGGAACGGCACAGAGACGAGCGAAGAGACCUUCGUAUACAUACCUGAGGAUAUAGAGGAAGAUACAGUCUAUUCGGGAGAUUUGGGCAGACAAGAAGCUCCUGGUGGCCGCUUGCGUCCGGUGGUAAAACUACUUACCGCGUCUCGCACAGGAGAUCUUGAGCAACUUCUCGCCAAGAGCCACAUGGAUUAUUUACACGAAAAUAUAGAGCCACUUAAUGAGGUGUAUUUGAUGCCAAUCUGUGCCAGCACCAGAGAUAGAGGCCUCGAUCGUCAAAAGUUCCUCAAGGACGAAUCGUAUCGCAUGGACCACCCCUUAGAGAAAAACCCGCCUGAAGACAUUCCUCUCGAAACGAGGGGCCUAAUAUUGAAGAAAUUAGCCAACGAUCAAUAUGCCCGGGUUGGAGUCUUCACUCAUGAGGCUAGUGCUGGUCCUAGGCGGUACGGUACGAGUAGUAGACAGCACAUAACAAACUUCUGGCCACAACGCGAUUGGUUACUCAGCGGUGAAAAGCAGGAGAUCACUGUAGUGUAA